AAAAAAAAAAGUCCUUCAAGAGAAUUCCAAGAACUGAAAGGGACUUCUGUUCCUGGCUCCCCCUCUGAUUGGCCGCUGUGUCUUUUUAAGGAGAUUACACUGCUGAAACAAAUCAAAAUCCCUAUAAAUAGCUCAGUGAUCCGAAUAUCCAACCUCACUCUCUCUGCGCUGCUGGUCCACAGGAAGAGACGCCAUGACGAGUCGAGUGGAGCACCCGGCCGGAGGGUACAAGAAACUGUUUGAGACGGUGGAGGAGCUGGCUACACCAAUGAGUGUGCAUAUCACAGGCCGCCUGCCCACUUGGCUGUCAGGAAGCCUCCUGAGAUGUGGUCCUGGACUGUUUGAAGUUGGCUCUGAGCAGUUCUAUCACUUGUUUGAUGGUCAGGCUCUCCUCCACAAGUUUGAGAUUAAAGAUGGCCAUGUGACAUACCAUCGGCGGUUUGUAAAGACCGAUGCGUACGUCAGGGCCAUGACUGAGAAAAGGAUUGUGAUCACAGAGUUUGGCACGUUUGCUUACCCCGAUCCCUGCAAAAACAUCUUCUCCAGGUUUUUCUCUUACUUUAAAGGGAUAGAGGUGACGGACAAUGCCCUGGUCAACAUCUACCCUGUGGGGGAAGACUUUUACGCGUGCACAGAAACCAAUUUCAUCACUAAGGUCAAUCCAGAAACGCUAGAGACCAUUAAAAAGGUAGAUCUCUGCAACUACGUCUCCAUCAACGGGGUGACGGCGCAUCCACACAUCGAGAAUGACGGCAGUGUGUACAACAUCGGAAACUGUUUUGGAAAGUAUUUCGCCUUCGCUUACAACGUGAUCAAGAUCCCCCCUCUGCAGGCAGACAAAGAAGAUCCAGUGACAAAGGCCAAGAUUGUCGUCCAGUUUCCUUGUAGUGACAGAUUUAUGCCGUCCUAUGUUCACAGUUUCGGAAUGACGCCAAAUUAUUUGGUCUUCGUAGAGCAACCGGUGAAGAUCAAUCUGCUCAAGUUCCUGUCGGCGUGGAGUAUCUGGGGGGCCAAUUAUAUGGACUGCUUCCAGUCCCAUGAGACCAUGGGGGUAUGGAUCCACGUAGCCGAGAAGCACACCGGAGAAUAUCUCAAUAUAAAAUACAGGGCCGCAGCCUUCAAUAUCUUCCACCACAUCAACACCUACGAAGACAACGGAUUCCUAAUAGUGGACGUGUGCUGCUGGAAGGGCUUCGAGUUCAUCUACAACUAUCUGUAUCUGGCCAACUUGCGUGCAAACUGGGAAGAGGUUAAAAAGAUGGCGGAGAAAGCGCCACAGCCAGAAGUGCGGCGAUACGUCGUGCCUCUCGAUAUCCAGAAGAAUGACGUAGGAAAGAAUCUGGUUAGUUUGCCGUACACCACGGCCACAGCGACCCUGAGCAGUGAUGAAACCAUCUGGCUCGAGCCCGAGGUCCUCUUCUCGGGGCCACGUCAAGCCUUUGAAUUCCCACAGAUCAAUUAUAAGAAGUACGGUGGAAAGGAUUACUCAUACGCCUACGGACUGGGUCUGAACAAUUUUAUUCCGGACAGGCUCACCAAACUGAAUGUCAAAACCAAGGAAACUUGGGUAUGGCAAGAGCCCAACACCUACCCCUCCGAGCCCUUAUUUGUAGCCUCGCCGGACGCCACAGAAGAGGAUGACGGUGUGUUGCUCAGCAUCGCCGUUUGCCCAGCGGUGGGGCACAAGCCAUCUUUCAUGCUGAUUUUGAACGCCAAAGACAUGAGUGAAAUCGCCAGAGCCGAAGUCGACACCGACAUUCCCGUCACGUUUCACGGGAUGUUCAAGGAAGCCUAAAACACUCUGCACCAAGCGGCCUAUUUAUUAAAAAAAAACAAAUUC